UUUGACUUCAGAGAAAGAAACGUGGAACAAGGAUACGGGUGUGUUAUCGUCAUCGUCGUUGUCGUUGUCGUCGUGCUCGUCGUCGUUGUUGUCGUCGUCGUAUUUAGUUGUUCAAAUCAUAAGUUUGUUGUUUGUUCCCCGGUCUUGUGUGAAUACUACUACUACUAUUACUACUACUCUUACUACACUAUCCGCUAAGGAGCCGCGUGUGCCGCAAGCUAAGUAAGUUGGUAGAAAUCGCUCGCAAGUCGUAGUGUCCGUAAGAGAACGAGCAAAACGCCAGGAAUACUUUCGAUCAGCGAUCAGCGAAUUUAAGAACGGUUCAGUCGAGCAAAGCACCUGAAAGUCCCGGCAAAAACCAUCGUCAACCGGUAUAGAGCGGGAAUGCUUGCCACUGGAAAAUCGUGCCUCCCAGUACCAACGCAGUGCCAUUGGCGAGCCAAAAUCGUGGUAGUAAUAAUCGUUGUAGCAUACACAUUCACACACUAAGACCGGGCAAGGAAGGAGCAGACUGGUUUUGGUGUCUUGAAAACAAAACUCUGAUUGUGACGUGGAACGAAGAGACGCGCUCGUAGAUACGGUUUUGUCAGCGUUGGAAAAGAUACAGAGGAGCGGUGAAGUAUGCUGAUAGCGGUUCGUGAUUUAAAUACACCCGCCAAAGGAAGCAGUAAACAGAAGUGCCCAACCGAAACGUUAACGUAAAACGAAUAUUAACAAACCAAUAAGCAAGGAGCAUGCAUGCAGAUGCGAAAUGUAAAAAAACAAAUAGGAUAGAAAACCAACUAUCAUCAUCUACAGCGAGCAAGCAGGUGAAGCUGUAAACACAUGUAUAAAGUAUCAACAAUCGUGGAAGUAGGACGAUAGAAAGUCAACCCACAAACAAGCACACAUACUCAAAACAAACACUGAGCUCUGAAUCAAUCGAAAAAUCAUUACAGGGAUUAUAUAGUUUACGAAAAGUGUACGUUAGUCACGCAUUUCUGUAUGUAUGUGUGUAUGUAAUGCUGGCAAUUUAGAUGACGAUGAUGGUAACAAUUGCUUGAGCCUUUUCCUCGAAAUUAGCAACUCCUUUAACAAACCUCUCAUCCACAGCCUGAAAAGGACAAGCACCCGAGAAGGCCAUUAGAAGAAACCUAGCUCAAGGAGCGAAAAUCGAUAAAAAAGCUCCUCGCGGAACAAAAGGAACAAAAACAGCCGAAACGCAAAACGACGCUGUUGAACAAUACAAUCCAUCUAAAAGCGGGCGUAACGUAACAACUGUGUGGAAUAGAAUUUCGCCAGAAAACGGCAACCCUGUCCUUUUAGUCCGCGUGACGCGUAAAGUUAAAGAGUACACGAGGUUGUAUUAAAGCUCACAGCUACGGGCGACGGAUCAGCACGGAUGCGGACAGUCAGCCGCCGAUUGAUGCCAGUGUCAGCUGGAGUGCGUGAUAGCGUUGCAUCCGAGUGAAGGGAAAACCGGUCAACGUGAGCUGGCUUUUCCAUCUGAACUGGCCUGGGAAAACUGCGUGUGCGAGCGGGCGAGCGAGAGUGCAAUUGUGUCAGGGCGAGAACGCACGAGCCGAGCAAGCGAGAGUACGAGCGAGAAAGAGAGAGAAAGAGAGAGAGAAAGAGUGAACGAGUAAACGGCCGCAUGCAUUGCCGUCAAUAAUCAACAAUCAGUCAGUCACUCAGUCAGCCGCCAGUGGCAGCAUAAACAGCAUACACUUGCAGCAGGAGAAGCGGUAAUAUAUUGACUGCAUCCCUUCGGUGCCGUUCGCAAUCGGUGCAUCGUGACAGUUGUGUUGCAAACGAGUUUCGUCAAUCGGUGUUUUUUUUUGUUUUCAUCACUCGCGUGUACACUGACUUUAAGCAGCGUGUACUGUAACCGGCGCAAAUGCGUGUGGAUGCGUUUUUUAGUGGAACGAAGCGAAACAACUAAAGUUCUUCAGGUGUGCAGGCCAGGUGUGUUGCUUAAGUGAAAGUGAACAACGGUACAACGCGAACAUAGCCGCAUUCCCCAUUCUUCCAAACUAGCCGCAGUGGUAGUGUGUUAGUGCUUUGUUGCGUCUUCGUUCCCAAGGUGCCAUUCUCGUAGUCGAGCCCAUGUCUCGAGACAAAAGUUGCUAGCAGACCGGCAAAUCAUCCCAGAAGCGUGGCGAAAGUAUAAUACAAAAUUAGCAUUAGCAAGAGCCUAUUAGUCGAACGCAUUAGCGCAAUAGCGGGUUCGCUAUCGGAAACACACAAAAGCAAACUAACGACCCCAACCAACCAAAACAAAUAAACGCAAAACUGAGCAGGAGAACCACAACCAUCACAUCAAAAAAGUGCCUAACUAUUUCCGUUUUGCGUUUCGCUUAAAUCUGUUGUUGUAUGGGCCCACUCAGUCCCUGUCCCGAACACCCCGUCGAUUUGCGUGGACCCGUCUGUAGAAAACACGCUUACCGUACCGGACCUGAACAGGCAUGCUAGCGGAUCUGGGAAACAGCGUGUAGCUAAGGAUUGUCAAGGAUUGUUCGGAUUCCCAGAAAACCAAAAAAGCCCCGUUAUACUUUAGGCUGCCGUUUCGGGUAGCUGGUGGAAGGAGUGAAAAAACAAAUCAAAACGCAUUAAAUUGAAAAGUGUGCGCCCAGUAGUUUGCUCUCUUGUGGUGAUAGUAUUAACAAAACAUAAUACACACACAUACGCGCGGAUUAUUCGCAAUGCUGCGAGAGUGCUAAUAUAAAAGUGAUAAAACUAUUACAAAAAAUAUACCCCCCUCGCACCCUCCAAAAACAAAAAAAAAUCGUGUGCUGAUUGUUAUCAUCGCGAUUGUUAUUUGAGCUAAAACCGUUUAGAAACUCGAUGAGAAAAUCGUAGCAGUAUAGGGUAGGAUUUGUGUAAGUGCAGUAGUGUUUCGCCUUUCCGAAGCCUUUGCCAACUGGAGGAGUAUUCCGUUCGAGCUGCUGUUACAAAGGUGUAGUGUUGACCGCGUUCACUUCAAGCAACGAGCGAGGAACGCUAAUGCUGGCUGGUGUUUGAUGUGAACAUUGAUUUUCCUCGUAUUCCUCGGCAUUUGGUAGUGCGUUCGUGCAUUUACCUGUUUACGCAGGAAAACUGUGCCCAUUAACGCGUCUGCUUCCAGCAAUCGAUUAAAGCGGAUACAAAGUUAAAGGAGCUACGGCGAGUGCUGCGAAAAAUCCCAACACGACUAACAAGCAAUCAAAAUCCUUGGAGCCCGGCUCUGGACCAUGGUGUAUUGAACAGAGCAGUGUGUGUGUGUGUGUGUGUGCUUCCGGAUGAUCGUGACUACUGCGUAACGCGUUACUAACAAAAGGUUGAGGUUGAACAAAGUGAUAGGAAAUAUUUGUGAUAUCAGUGUCUGUGUGUGUGUGUCUCGUGACUGUCGUACCAGAUUCCAACCAGAUCGUCGAAAACACUAAACCACUAGAGACAAAAAGAGGAGAGAGAAAAAGAGGAAACUCGGUAACCUUCUUCACAUAUCGGAAUUUCACUUGCGAAUGCUGAUCUCGUCGGCAUUUUCGUUUCGUAAAAUUUAAAUCAACCCACCCACGAGUGGGUUUUGCUGCGGACGUGACUAGUGCAUGCUUCCACAAGGCAAAGCGGCAUAACUUCCAUCCCGCCCACCAAACCUUCCGCAACCCCACCCCCGGGGGUUACAUUACGCCCAGCAGCCAACUCCGCCAGCUUCACUCGUGGUGCGGUCGAUGGUUCUAAUAAUAGUUCCGCAAUAACAAUAUCAUCACUUUCGCCCAUCAUCUCCAGUUGGGGAGAGUUAGAUUCCGUUCCGAAACUCGUGCGGGGUCUACCGAACCCUACGCCUACCCGCCAAAGCAAAAAGUCGAGUUUUAAAGUGCAAAGUGUGAAGAAAGCAAGGAACGUCGUACGGUCGUCGGUGUCGUCGCGCGCGUAUUCCGUUGUGAUAUUAUUCGCUAUCGGUUUGGUGAUUGUGUGUACCAGCGUAGCGUGAUUGUGUUCGUCGUCGCUGUUGUUGUCAGUGCUAGUCUCGAGUGCAGGUUUCGCGUAUGUUCACGGUGUAAGUGCUCCGCGUUUGUCUGUGCAUAUUGUUUGAUUAUUGGUGUUUGAUCUGGUGUAUCUGUGAGUGUGUCUGUGAGUGUUUCUGUGUGUGUGUGUGUAUUUGUGCAACGUCGUACAGAGAAAGCCCUCACUCCCUCUGACCGCGGAGUGUAGUAUCCGGCUUCUCUGCAGCAUCUUUCCCCACAUCCCGGUUGGGAUUGUUUGAUCUGAGAUGCUGUGAUCGGAGAAAUAUUAUUCGCCGACCAACUUCAACAGUCCCACUCGUAUCCGCCCUCCGGUGCAGACCGAUCGGUUCCGUGCGAGCGUGUGAUUUCCGAUAUUCCGUUGCAGUUUUUUGCCCGCGCCCUGCAAAUCCCAGAGGGAUCGCCGUGGUUGAGGUGUUAAGGCCGCGGGGUGACCGAGUGUUAAAGGCAGGUGGAAAACAACCAACGUGCGAAGUGAUAGCGCCGUGAGCAAAUAUUGCCAAGUGUGGUGGAAAAUAUUGAUGAUAUUUUCUGGGAAUCAUAAAAGUCAUCUGCUGCUGCUGGUGGUGAGUGUGCGUGUGUGAGUGCAGCCGGUCGGUCGGUCUGUUUUUUCGCGAUUGUUGCUUUCCGUGUUGUGUGGCAUUUGGAAAGGUUUCGAUUUCGUUUGUUCUCACGGGCAACAGUUCACGGCCCAAACGCGCGUAUUGUGGCGGAGAAAUAGAUGCAACUGACGGAUAAAGCAAACCGGUGUGUGCGGGCGGCAUAAACGCAAGGAAAAAUUUUCAGCCAAAAGUUUGUGUGCUUGUGCAAAGGAAAGAGUGCUGGGCUGUGUUUGUGUGUGUGUGUGUGUGUGUGUGAGGGCGGGAAUCGCUUAUUCUACCGGGAAAUCGCAUAUCGUACAAGUGCUGUGAAUAACCUGAAGCUAAGAGGCGAGCUUGAAGAGAUCGUUUGCUCGAGCGCUGCGAAUAGAUAUAAAUCGGCGCCCAGUGUCGGGAAGGGCGUCACAUUCACUCUGCGACAAAUCGUCUCCAGUGCCGACUCUAGCAUCACGUUAUUGCGUUUCGACAUCAUCAACAGCACUCUGCAUACAUGUUAGGCUGCGCGUUUUUGACGUACUUCAGUCCGGAAAGCGCCGUUAACGGUCAGGGCGCGUUACAUGAGAAGCAGACACUACCUGGGAUGAACCGUGCUAUUCAAGUCAAGCCAGCGGAUAGCGAGAACCGCGGUGAUCGAAAGCUUUUCGUUGGCAUGCUUAGCAAGCAGCAAACUGAAGAGGAUGUAAGACAGUUGUUUAACGCGUUCGGAACCAUUGAAGAGUGCACGAUCCUGAGAGGACCGGACGGUGCCAGCAAAGGUUGCGCCUUUGUUAAAUUUACCUCGCAUCAAGAAGCUCAAGCUGCUAUAACAUCACUUCACGGUAGUCAAACUAUGCCGGGUGCAUCCUCUAGCUUAGUGGUAAAGUUUGCUGACACCGAGAAAGAGAGGCAACUCCGUCGUAUGCAGCAAAUGGCUGGCCAUAUGAACCUGCUGAGUCCGUUUGUGUUCAACCAGUUCGGACCAUACGGCGCCUACGCCCAGCAGCAGCAGGCGGCCCUGAUGGCGGCUGCAACCGCACAAGGAACGUAUAUCAAUCCCAUGGCUGCACUAGCAACACAAAUACCUCACGCGUUGAACGGUUCCGGACAGCCAGUAAACGGUGCCAUCCCCUCUCUACCAUCGCCCACGAUGCCUACCUUCAACAUGGCAGCACAAACGCCCAACGGUCAACCGGCCGGCUCGGAGGCGGUUUACACCAACGGAAUACCCCAGACCUACCCAGGACAUGCGCUUCACCUGUCGAUACCCGCUCAAGGACUUCCGAACGGAGACGCUGCCCUACCGCAUGCCGCCUACCCUGGCAUCCAGCCGUAUCCCGGUGUCGCCUACCCAGCCGUUUAUGGACAAUUUCCGCAAGCUAUACCGCAACCGAUUGCUGCCGUUGCACCAGCACAACGCGAAGACAUGUUAAUGUUCCCAGGGUGCUCCAUAUCGGGCCCGGAAGGUUGCAACCUGUUCAUCUACCAUCUGCCACAGGAAUUCGGUGACGGAGAGCUGAUGCAGAUGUUUAUGCCCUUCGGAACUGUGAUAAGUUCUAAAGUCUUCAUUGAUCGAGCUACAAAUCAGAGUAAAUGUUUCGGUUUUGUAUCAUUUGACAAUCCAGCCAGCGCACAAGCUGCGAUUCAAGCCAUGAACGGUUUUCAGAUUGGUAUGAAAAGACUGAAAGUUCAGCUGAAAAGACCAAAGGAUGCGAAUAGACCCUAUUAACAAUCAGAGAUUAAAAGCGCUUUAAAAAGUGCUUCUGCUGAAGCUUUAAAAUAUGAAGUUAAUCCUUAGACAAAUUUAAUCUAAUAUCAUCAAUUAUCAGUGCAGUUAUGAAUAGAAACAAACAAAAACAACUACAACCAAUCGCUUAAAGUUAAAUAAUGAACUCACACAGACACACUACUUAACAACAAAACAUAUGGAAAGGAGCAAACAUUUACGCUACUCUAUAUAUAAAGCAAAAACAAAAAAACAAAAAUCCUACAUGAGAGAACAAAAAAAUACACGAUUACAAAGCUAUACAACGCUGUUGCAGAGACAGUGACUUUUGUCUUACACAAAUUAAAACCGAUGUACCAACUAUACGCGCCCACCAGCAACACACAACAGUCCGUGAUGAGGAGAAGGGAUGAUGUGUGAAAUGAAAGUGCUUUUGGUGCGUACAGCACAACCGGCAUCAUCCAGCGACAACACAACAGUCAAGAAGAAGGCAACAUAUGACAGUGACUACAAGAUUGCAGCUGGUAACAUGUAAUGCAGCCGGUGAAAAAAGGACAUUUGUUUUACCAAAAAUGGAGGCUAGUCCAAUGUUUGCCAACCAAUGUCGUGGUUAUAGGAUGGGAGGAGUAAGUGAAUUAUCGUAAACUUAAGUUUAUCUAUAUCUAGAUACAAAUCAAAACACUCUCAUAAAAGGAACCGAGUUCUCAUCGAUUAGCGAUGUGGAACCAAGAAAACGUGUUUUAUUCAGGUUCGGUAACAAAAAUUCUCUAGCGCACACAAUUUAUUACAUACAUUAGGUUCACUUAUGCAAUUUUAAUAUGACACAAUACACAGUUCAGCAUUACAAGAACGUUAUUAAAUGCAUCUUCAAACCAAUAGCGAGGCUACAGCAAAGCGUAUACUAAUAACAUUUUUCAGAUAAUCUAUUAAACUUUGCUCAUUUAUGUACUCACAUUUUUACGCUACUGAUCAUGUACUAAGAAACGUUAAAUGCCCGUUCAUUAUACUAACAAUGGAAUUGUAAAUAACGUGCCACAAGGUACUUUUUAAUUGUCAUUCUUGUUUUCUCGCUUUUCUAGUGCACACCUUAACAGCUAUAAUUCGACAAACGAAAUUAUAUAAAUUUUAGACCAAAACAUUUUUUUUUAUUCACUAGCUACAUAGUAAAUCUUUGUAUCUAAGGAAAACUCAUUAGCAGUGUUACUACAAAUAUAUAUAUAAUGCUGUUACACUAUUUGUUUCUUUCUUCUUUUACUCGCACAGUUUCGUGUGAAAGUGGUCGAUUCGCAAAACAUAAAAAUGCAUUCAUCUUAGUCUAUAGGGCACUAAGAGACAAAUGGGAUGCUAUGGUUUGCUUUCUAUUCGUAUGGGUUUCCAAAGUUUUUUCGACUGCUAAGGAAUUCGAAGGAAUACGUUGAAACUGACUUUGCCUAUAUGUUAAUACAUGAAAAGAGUGUUAUUUGUUUCGAUAGCUUCAAGCCCUAAUCAACAACUAAAGCGUGAAAGUUGCGACACAGGAAUUAGUUUUAAAUAGUGCAUUAGCAGUGUGGUAAUAAGCCUCCAUUAACAGCACAUAGCAAGUAUUCAACAAAUUGUUAUGAUUUGAGCCAACAUAUUAGGAUGUAAAUUAUACUACUACGUUAAAUAAUCAUUUGCCAUCAUUAUUAACCCUUUUCAAUGCAACAAACAGGUGAUGAUUGCUUCCGCAAACUACAUUUGUUAUCGGAUAUAUAACAAUAAUAAUUUAAUUAAAUAAUGUAUAUUUUAAUCAUUGAUUUUUUUUUGUUAAAAUAAAAUUGCAUGGUUCUAUCUCCCUAACUUUUUUAAAAUAAGUUUAAUAAGAGUUCAUUUUACUUUAUACAUCAUAAUUGAAGAAAUACACGAAAUAUGUACGAAGAGUUUUUUUUAAAUUGUUUGCGAUCAAAUCGACAUUAAAAUAAAGUUUUAAAAUUUUCCCCAAUGAAACAAAUACAAUUAGCUCAAUCCUAUCCUGAUUGUACGUGGAUAACGUUACCAACGUUUUUUGUUUUGUAGCCCAGGUUUGCAUCGUUUUGCCUAUUACAGUAUUAAUUUAAAUUUGUAUAAAAACACGUUCCUUUAGUCUAUCGUGGCCCCGGCUUCGAUGUGCGUCUUUUUACUGAGACAAGCAUGUAUGAAGGGCAUUAUUGCAAAAAACUGCACAUUGCGUUUCCGUUUUAUCACACUAGUCAUUUCGUAGGCUAAGGUAAUAUCAUCAUAAUAAUCUACCCAUGCCCGCCAUCAUUGAGCUUUGCGUUCGGUAGUUUGCAUCCAUCCAAGGCCUGUGCCACCAGUAGCCAGGCUGGAAAGUCUAGUAAUCGGAUUCCUGCCUAAAAUUUAAAUUAAAACCAAAACGAACACUCGUACACACAUACAUACACACACACAUAAACACACACGAAAGUAUUAGGGAAUGUAGUAAUAUAGAAACAAACGAUUAACUUCAUGCAUCAAAGAUUUAAACUAUAAUAUUUGAAACGAGAAAACGCACACGAGUAUGUGGGUUUGUGUGCGUGGUCAGCAGUAAUUAACAUAAAACCAACUCGUAUUAGAGAAAAUAUUGAGAACCUACAGCUAAGCAAAGCCAAAAAGAAACAAACAUAUACACUCGUUUAUCGAGAAGCGGUAACUCGUGUCAUCGAAUCCAGAUAUGGUUCGAGCAAGCUGCACGAAUGACUACGAUACGUUAUUUCUAACACAAAACAAAACUUUAACAUUGAACAACAUUAACACUAGUGCUAGAUUUACGUAAAAACUAAACCAAACCAACCAAUAUUAAGAAUAAGUAGAGAGAUACUAAUUUUCCCUUCCUUCAGCAGCUAUUUUCUUGAUCAAAACAUUAUGCUCUCCGCUGCAAUAGCUUUUUCUAAUCGUUUUUUUUUUUGUUUAAUUAUGAAUAGAUUUUCUUAAACGCGAUCAAUUAACCAGAGUAAUACACCUUAUUAUGCAUCACACUGAGCUUAAUGAUUCGCGGCAAAUCGUUAGAGCAGUUUAUAUGAUACAAUUGAAUAAUUUGUUCAUCUCGUGGAGAACCCAUAUUUCACCGCACAAGUAUACCAACUAAAAUUUAAAAAAAAUCUCUUGAAACAUGCCUCCAGCGACAGCAAACAUGAGGAAUGUUCCGUACUUUUCAUUAACUCCUGUUCAUUACCCCGAUUCACAAUGAUAAAAAAAAGUUAUUGAAAACUUACUAUUUACAGUUUUGUAAAUUGCAGGUAGGGUUUUAUGAACAGCUACAAAGUGAACACAAAAAAAACAAAAACAUAUUAUUGUUAGAUAAACCAACAAAAUGGGCUGUGAUUUCAAAUUAUGAUUUGCAAACACUACAACCAGAUACAUAAAACCCUACUUAAACACAUGCUGCUGAUGUUUGUUUUGUUUCUACUUAUAAAUCGUAACAGUGCAUUUGCUUUUCUUGUUUGUAUCCCUCAAUUAUUAGCAAUACUUGUGUGUAUUGAAAUACUUUUUUACGGAUUGUUUGUUUUUAUUGAUCAUCGUCCCAAAAUAAAACAAAUAAUCAUCAUUUUCCCUAAAGAAUUUGCAGAAAGCAUCUUAUGCUAGAAUGCAUACAUCAACUCGAGUGGGACAAACAAACACAUGAUUAUUAAAGCCCGUGCACCUAAUAUGUAAAAUCGGUCUUACCUUUGCCAAAUUAUUCGGAAAAGAUUGCGAGAUUAAGAUCAAAAAGAAGUUACCGUUCGGUAGCACUUUUACCAUCAACUAGACAAAUUAAACAACAGUUCAACCUGUACAUAGAUGUAAAAUCAAUGCAGCCGUUUUUCUCUCACUCUACUCUACUUAUAUAAGUAUUACUUACUGCAAUCCCUCUUUAGCAUACCUAGAGCGAGUCUAACUUAUACGGCAGCCAUUCUUAGGUGAAAACGGACGCAUUUACACUAGAUGCGUCUAACUAUGCAUUGAAAGCCAUAUCAGUUACUGAAACUAAAAAGUUUCAUUUUCAAUUGCUAGUAGGGAAUACGAAAAACAAAGAGCAGUUUGUCCUGUGCUACAAACAGCACGCAGACGUAACUCAACCCAGAGCCAUAUUGCCCGCGUUUUGUGCGUGAAGUUUAGUGUCAAGGAGUCCUCCACAGGACAAAGCCAUCGCUUACCCAACAUUGCUAGAUUAAAAAAAUCACCACUCUAAUCGUCCUUUCUAUUUGAUGCGAAACAAACGAUAAAGUGAAAGUCCCCACAUUAUAGCAGAGCAAGUUAAAAACAAAGACUAGUCAAAUAAUUAUUAAAAAAAAACAAGUAAGAUCACCAAUGAAUCCACAUAUUUAAUACUUGAACAGAUAAAUAAAAAAUACAAACACAAACAAAGUAUGAAUGAAAAAAUGGACUACAGCCCAACGAACGUGAACCCACCUUCUUCGAGAGAAAAAACUGUGAAACUUUUCCGUCAGGUUUGAUUUUUCUCUCACCAAUCUAUAUGUCUCUCUAGCCAGGGAACUUUCAUUUGUAUCCCUCCCUAAGCUGCCUCCCUGAAACUAAACGUAGUUAGUGUGUCCUCCCUUCCCGAGGUUAUCUACAUGUCUGCAAAUCUCUGAAAGUGUUAUUUAACUAACGAUUAUAAUAAAAUUAGGUUGAACAUAUGAUAACAGAACAAUUUUACAUUUCAUGGAAGAAUCAUACUGUUAUACCUCCUAGAUUUUUUUCGCUUGAAAAAUGGAAUUAUUUUUAUGAAUGUGGAAACUCUUGUUUCACAUACAAAUACAAGAUUGAAACAAAUUUAACAUCUAUACAUUGCAUCUGCAAGGUCCUUUAAUACCUCUUUUUCUCACAAAACAUCGUUAUACCCAGAGUUUGUGGCAAAAUCUUAACUGGGAGAUGGGAGUGACAAGGUAGCAUCGUGCUAAGCGCAAAGCGAAGGUAAUAUUUAGUAGUAAGCAAAGAUGGCGCAACAUAAUUACAACAUGUAGUAGCCACUAUGACAUGAUUUUUUAUGAUCUGUAUGCCACGGUUAAUGCCCAGUGCACAUAGUUCUGACGACAAAAGUAGGUGAAUUAUACGCCCGUAUCGAAUCCGUACUGAAACUGUAGCUCAGUUAAUAAUAUCCACGCGGGAAACUAUCUGGUCGGAAAAAAUAAAACCACUAUCAUAAAAUUUUUAAAAUUUUAGGGGUUUUUAUUUUCGCUGUUCAAAAGCUGCGCUUAAAGUAACUAAUUUGUUUCAACGUAUAGAAAACUCAAAGUAUUUUUUCUUAUGCACGUGAUAUGGGAAAAAAACUCUCCAAAUUACAAAGAGCGUUUUGGUUCUUUAAGUUUACUAUGCAAAGAAGUUUUUAAAAUUAUUUGCAAAUUCUAUUCAAUUUUAAUGUAGAGACAGCUUAACUCUAGCAAACAGGGAUAAUUCGAUUCACUUACCAAAAUCUAUGCUCCACGCCUCCAACACGAUAGUAUACACAUGAAUCUAUAUAUAAAUAUACAUAUAUACACCAACACGCGUAUAUACACAUAUUUAGAAAUAACAUUAUUAUAUACAUUUACCGUGCAAAAAACGCGUGUAAACACAUACAAAAACAACACAACCAUAAAAAAUAACAUAGAAAAAUCACAAACCAAACAAAGUAGAAGUAAACGAAAAUCACAAGUGAAACAUUACAAACCAAAUCACGAACCAAAGCUACGGUCGUCCUUUCUCCGGGUGGAGAAACUGGACUCUGAAGACUCUAGCAAGACAAAAGAGAGUGGAUUACUACACCAUUAAGAGGAAAGUUAUUUUAAGUCUUAAACUAGCUAAGAAACGAUAAAGGAAGUGCGUAAUGAAAUAACAGUUGGAAAACAGAUUGCGAGUGUAUUUGUGUGUGUGCGAGCAGUGUGAGCACUGUUAAUGGGAUGCUCAUUUUUUCACAUGCAAUCACCGUUUGUAAAGGAACAAACACAGAUCCUGGCAGGAGGGCACACUGAUCACACACGCACGAAUGAACCCUUAUCUUGUUUACCUAUAACUAGAAAUACAAAUCUGUUUAAAGCUAUUUGCAAGAAAAACAAUUCAUGACAGAUAAGAAACAUUGUAAAAAUCUAGGAUACAGGGUAUUUCUUGCAAUUAUUGAAAAUAAUGAGAAAUUAAAUACUUAUAGGAGAAAAACGCAUGUUGAAUAGAAAAGAAGGGAGAGAUUAAAACAUAACUUGCAUUUUUAAAUACUAUUACAAAACUUAUUAUUAUUGCGAAUUGACAAACGUAAAACUCAUCAUUAUACAUUUUUGCUAACAUAAUUCCUACCAUUAUUCUCUCUCUCUCUCACACACACGCAUAAACACACACACACACAUACACUCACACACACAAACACAUACAUUAUUACCACGAAGGCGGAAUGGUUCAGUUAAUCAACUCGAUUUAAGGUUUUAGAAGAAGGGUUCUACUGAAAAAUGAAAUAAAUAGCAAAACCAUUUACACAAAGCAUUAAUCCAUACUAUUCUAUAAAUUUAACGAACAACAAAACUCAUUAAACAUUUAACAACUAACACACUUAAAUCGUGCGAUCUUACGUAAUAGAGAAGCAAAUAAAGCUCGAUUGUUGAAACAAAAAAAGAAAACAUAAACGUUUUUUAGAUACGACCCUCCGACGAAUUUUAUUGCUCCUUCUUUCUUCUUCUAUUGUCUACUAGUGAUUCAUACGUUUUGAUUCAGUAGCCUUUAGACGUUCAUGCCUGUGAAUAAGAGUCACACAAAGGGAAAACGAUAUGAUGUUUAAAGAAAUUAGUUUUGUGAUAUGAAUAUUUAUAAAGAAUAAUAAUAGUACUAUUAAAAUGAUACUUAAAAUAACAAACCCGAAACAUCUUUAUGAAUUUGCUAAUGGAAAAGAAACACAGGAAAAAUGAAAAACAAAGUAGAUUUCGUAGGCAGGUCGUCUACAGAUGAAGAACAAGUGCAUGAGGAUGAGGAUGGAAAGAACAUGUUAGUACACAAUAAAAUGUGGAUGGAUUUACAUUUUAGUAGAACAACACAAACACUCUAAACACUUAUCAAGAACGAUAUACUUACAUCAGAGAUUUAUUUAUUCCAAAUCGAAUCGCCAGUAAAUGUUUCAGUAUUGUCAUGUUUUGAAAGCAGCAACAUCUUCGAGCAAACAACGGAGUUGUAGCUCUUUUCAUAAGAACAUUUACCAUUGGCAUUAGUAAAUUCUUUUUUCCAAAGUGUUUAGCGGUAUUAGUGCAGAAAACAACACAGCGCUCAAUAGUGGAUCUCCUAUAUGCGACGAAUUUUUGCGAGAGAGGGUGUAUUCUUUUCUAACCGAAGGCCAAUCAACGCGUAGGAUUAUCCGGUGCGUUAGGAUAUUUUUCACACAUUUGUUGCUACUUCAUGGGGCCCAUGGAUGCCAUGAGGAAUAAUUUUCGAUGUGCUGCAACAAGUUUGAUUAUUAAAAACAGCUUCAAAUGACUUUUGUAGUACCAGUUUAUUUAACACCUUUACCCGCGUUAGACUUACGAACAAAACAAUGCUACAGUUCACAAAAGACCGAUAAUACGCAACUAGAUCCUGUUAGCUCGUAGGCAGCCAAUGCAAUGAUGGUGCAUCACGUUUAAAAUGUAAUAUCAAUCAAAGAGAAGCCAAAAGUGAGCAGAAAAGAAAAUGCCCAUUCACUAGAGAGGAAGUCAGUGCAUGUGUUAUCUGCAGAACUCCGAUGCGUAGCACCAUAACAAGUAAAAAAGCAAAAGGAGCAAAAGAUGAAAAAAAAUAUAUAUAUACCAUAUAUACAAAGAAAUUCUUUAAAAUUUCACUUAACAAAAUAACACAAUGUGGAGACACCUGUACAUUGCGAAAUUUAACGCUUUGAAAACGAAACAAAAAAUAUAUAUGAAUGAUAAUUUAGUAUAUUUAGUAUAACAAAGAUCGUACACGAUAACCCUUAGAAGCAAAGCCGCAAAUUCAUAAGUUGUCUCGUGAGAAGCCUAGCCAAGCGAUGGGAAUGAAAAGGUUCACAGAGAAAUAAGAAACGGUAUAGGCGAAGAAGUAGAAGAGUACCAACACAUACGGUUAAUACUGGAAAGCAAACAAACAAAAAUCUUAUUAAAUUAAACCAAAUUUUUAGACAAAUUUACUUUGUUUUCUUUCUCCUAACAUUGAGAAAAGGACAACUUGUGGUGGAGUUUAAACAUCUGAUAAUCGUUGACAAUUACACCAACUUUCACCUGCACGAGACUAUAAAAACUAUCCAUUAUCCUCAAAUGUAGGUAAUGCACACUGCUUCGGUUCGCAUUGACAUCUCGUUUACCGUUUUCUUAUAAUCUUGAUUUAUAUGUUAUUUUAAAUGUUCUGGAAAUUGGAAAAUUGGCUUUUUCGUUCAAAUCAUAUAAAACAUAUUCCUAAGUAAUCCACCGUUUCUUCGAUGAAAUGGUAAAUGUGUCAUGGUGGCAGACAGAAAUUUGUGUCAUAAGUUACUGUGGUAUUUUCAUUUCAAAAAUCAGUUUUUGAAUGUGAUAUGAGUGUUAUAAAAAGCAAACAUGCAACAUCUAAAGAACGCACAAGAAUUAUGAGAACAAUAAAUGUUUUGCUAGGUUUAAUAAAACAUAAAGUUUGUUUCGAGCAGUUGUUUUAAGUCAUAGCAUGUACUUGAAAACAGCAAAACAGAAACGGAAUAAAUUUUUUUGUUCCAUUAACAAUUGUGAAAUGUUCAACGCAAAAUGUAUGGUUUAGUACUGAAAAUUUGUUAAAUAAUGCUUUUUUGUUCGAACGUUUAACAUGAAGUACAUUUAAAAACGUCUUGGUAUCAUUUAACUGAUAAAAACAUGAAUGCAAAGAUAGUCAACCGAACAACCGAAAUAAGAAGAGAAAGUAAGCAAGAGUAGACACAAAAUAAUUAAUGGGAAACUUUAAUUAUUACGACAAUAUGGUAUUAUAAUAAAAUAAUAUAAAGAACAUUGAAAUGAAGCCUUAAACCAUGUAUAUGCUACAUUAAAAGCCGACUGUGCACGACUUAAUUAAAAGAUGAAACGAAACUUAUCCAAAGCAGCAACAUUUGCAUACACACAUACACGUGCGCUUUCAAAGAACCACUUACACUUUCACCAUCACACUCACACAUCAAGUGGGAAUGGGAAACCAACCGAUAGUUACAAGUGGAGUCAUCGAAAGCACCAUUAAGACUCCGCAGUCGUUUCUCUAUCUAAUUCUAAACCCAUGUAAAUUCACCACCACCAAGACCCACAAACAAAACAUCAACAACAUUACCAACAACUACUACUACGACCAUAUUGAAUGGUUUCAAUCAAAGAAUUUUCUCUUUAAAACUUUAAAACGAAUUAUAAGACAAAUUGCACUGCUGUAAUGCAGCGAAACAAAACGAACAAAGCUGCAGUAGUGCCGUGCAUUGGGCACUGGAGGGGCACAACUUUAAAACAAACACAAAUAUCCAAAACACUACUAUUAUAAUGGUAUCAUUCAUUAUUCUCUCUCCCUCUCUAUCUCUCUCUUCCUCUCUAUAUCUUUGUAAUCCGCAAAAUUUGCGUAAGAUAACGGUAGCACAGGGAUCGACUUUUACUAUUGAUUUAAAUUAUGAAGCCGGAUGAAUGCUAUUCGUUUGAGACAUUUUUUUAAUCUUAGAUGAUUGAGAGUCUCGAAUGUAGUGAAACUACUUUAGUAUCAUACUGGUUGCAAAUUACAAAUAACUAAUUCAUUUUUUAUAUUCUAAGCCAGUCUGUCGAGCGCAUUUUGUAUUUUCUUUUUUACAAAAAAAAUCACAACACAACAAUUAUUUGAAAAAUAUUCGUCUGUUAAUACUUCUUCUACCAUCCGUAAUGUACAUUUGAAUACAUUUGAUCAACUACCCCAAAAUUUGCAGAAUCAUCUCAUUUAAGUGAGAAAAAUUGUUUGUUGGCCAACAUAAUUAGUACACUUUAUCCACAACUGAAUCUGAAAAACCUAAUCUGAUUUUUAAUACAACUAAAACUGAAGAGAAGCUAAAACAAACAUGAAAAGCAGCUGAAAUGCGAAAAGCCAGAGGCAUAUACAUAAAUAUAUAUUUAUAAUGGAUAAGAAUUAUUUAUAUCGAAAAUCAUACAGACCGGUAAAAUCAACACACCGAUACUCACACAAAACACAUAACAAUGUGAACCUAGACGAACAGCAUCAAACAUGAACUAAAUCUUAAGUACAACAGUAUUAGAUAUUCUAAUGGAAAGUUCAGCUAGCAAAAAUGAAACGAUAGAGGUAUUUGCUUUUGGUUUCCUCAUAACAAUCCUGCUAGUAGAUACGUUUUGAGAGCAGUCAAAUGAUGUCCCGUCUCUCAACAUCAUAGAGUGAUUACUGCAGUGAUUGCUUAACAAGAUUCACCACGUAUUACAAGAAUUGUAAAGGGAAUGAACAAAAAUUAACAACAAAAACCAAUUUGCUAAAACUGUAGAAAAUGCAUACACAAACACAUGAUCUCUCAAGGUAAUGCGACACGAUGCUAAACUAAACCAUAUCAAUCAGGUACUAAAACUAACACAGACUCUAGAGACAAAAUGGGAAAAGGUGCAAUAUAAGCAGCCAAGCCAAGAUCCUACGUGCUACAUUUGAAAAUUAAAUGUACAUUUUAUUCACCACACGCAAUUCGAAAAGGGUGGUGUAACAUGUAUCAGAAUCUGCGAAGUUAAGUUUUUGUAAGCUUUAGUUUAUUCAAAAAACGGCAAUAACGAAUUGCUUGACUUCUACACUUGCACCCUUCACUAAUUCAUUCAUAGCUACCAAGCUUAAAGUACUUCAUGAAACAGUCACCUAGAACAACAAAAUGAAAUGGCGUUGUUGAGCUAUAUUUAAAAGAAUCCCCAUUAAUACAGUACUUCUAGACAAGUAUAUACAAUCGUACAAGAAUCUGACGCAAACCACGAAAACAAUUCGCUAAGAAAACAAAAUAAUUGAAUAAAGUACAUACAGUAAAGCAUUAAAACACCUCUUUUAUUUAAUUUUAACCAAAUAACUGCGAACAAAAGCUACUGCACUUAUAUGUUUUUUUUUUUAAUAAACUUAAUAAACAAUCAAGUUCAUGCACAGUAUGGAAGUACAUAUUCGAUUAAAAGCAUACUUAAAAGAGAAGAUUAACCGUUGGCCUUUAACCACACAUUUCGCACUGUGUUAUCUUUGUUGUGGCGAAACCUGUGGAAGAUAAAAAAUUGAUAAAAUUGAUAAAACGGAUAAAACAUCUGAAAAUGGGAGAGAGAAUUAAAUUAUUAAACGGUUGAUACCUUUUCGUGAGAAAUACUUGAAUAUUUUAUAAUAUUGAUUACAAAUCUCUGCAAUCCUGCAAAGAAUUCUCUUCAUUAACUACAAAACUCACAUGCACACAAACACUUUUACAAGAAGAAUACUAGAAAUAGCGAUUUUCAUUACACAAAACAUUCUAUUUUACUUCCAAUCUCGUUAUAAUAAGCUUUAUUUUCAUUUGUUAAUAAAUAGCUUAGAUUAGAAGCUAAACUAUAUAGUGUCGAACGCUCGCGAAACAAAGCAUCAUGCAGGGCCCCUUUAGGUGACAUCAGUAAAUGCCAAAAUCAGUUAGUAAGAAUAAUGAAACACGUAUAAGUCUGUGGAACAAGGAUGCUCGCCGAGUCGUUUUGAGAUUAGCGCACUUUGGCGAAGCAUACCGCUGAUUCGCAUUACAGUGAGAGUAGCGAAAGGGUUAGCAAACAUUUCGACUGAGGUCUAAGAACUACGUAUAAGCAACCAGCAAAAACGAAUGAUUAAGUAAGUGGUAAAACAACACGCGAGAACUGAUGCCGGUGCAAGAAAUAUUAAGAUGAUUUAACAAGAAAUAAAAACUAAACCUUGCACUGUCAAUCACAGAGGAGGUAAAUACUUACUAGUAUGCAGAAGAAAGAAUCUAAUGACGCAAAUAGUGAAGCACAUACUUUAUAGUAUGCCACAUGUCCUAGAUAUUGAACAUUUGCAAAACCGCUACUAAAAGCUAACAGAAAAAUGAAAUGAACAAGAACGGAUUACAAUACUAAACAAGCUACACUAGCGUGAAGGACACGCGUCUUUAUGAAAUUACUUGCAUUCUAAUUAGUGAAUUUAAUGGGACAAGUAGAGGAAUAAAUGCUGUAACAAAACAACUUAAAGAGAUGGUGAAUUACAAAAAAGUAUUUAAGUACUUAUUAUCAAUUACUUAUUAGUACGAGAUAAAUACACAGCAACCAACCACAACAAAACCCAAAACUCAAUAAAUUUAAAACAAAAACCAUGCUCUUACUAAAAUACAACUCAACUACAGAUACAGCAAAAAGCAUUGACACAAUAAAAAAAAGGCGCAACAUAUUUGCAAUGCGAUACUAGCUUAACAAUAUACACGUCACAUCUUCUUUUUGUUGCAACAUACACUUAUUCAGCAACCAUGAUUAGUGUGGUUGUACUACAAAAGUGAACAAACUAAGUCUAACUAUGAUUAUUAUUAGUAUCUUUAUUGCUGACAUCACUACACUAGAAAAUAAACAGGUAAAAAGUGAACAAAACCUUUUGAGGUAUAGUUGGGGAAAACUGAAAAAACGCGAAAACGCUAGACAAAAAGUGCAGGACAUAGCCAACAACAAAAGAAAAAGGAAUAACACGGAUCAUUAAAAUAUUUUGUAGUUAAGAGGACCCACUUAACGCAUGUGUUGGUCAGUGUCGUCGAGUUGUCACUGAUAGACAUUCACUAAACGCGGUAAAGCUAGAAGUAUAAGAGGAAUUUACAGGAUAGCUGCCUGAUAGUCUAGGACUACUACUAUGAGAGAAAAAAAAAACAAACACAAAACAGGAACAGUAAUGUUUGUUUUCUUUUUUUGCAUUUGCAGCUGAUUUAUGAAAGUAACGAAAGAAAACAAUA